CUUUAUCAAGCUUUACGUCUGUUUAAUACGACUGAUUUGACACUCAGUUGUCAGUGUAUGAUUAAGGUUAGUUUAAUGGCUAAUCCCUGAACAGUUGUGUGCCUCCGACCAGACACCAAAACUACUUCUGGCUCCACUGCAGCGAAGUAAUUCUUGUCCACGUUCUGGUCUGGGCAGUUUGGUGCACCUUACCUUUCUGGACCCCUACCACCUUCAGCCCCCAUCCGCUAACAGCAGUGUACUUGAGGAUUUGCCGGACACCCCCUCCCCAGAUGUAGAGGGAGUUGUCUUCUGCAGCAGCUGUGUACACAACUCUUGAGCUGUGAAGUUGUCCACCAUGCGCGAGUACAAGCUAGUGGUGCUGGGAUCAGGAGGUGUGGGAAAAUCAGCACUGAAUCAGGUUCCUAUGAUCCUGGUGGGAAACAAAUGUGACCUGGAAGACGAGCGCGUGGUCGGCAAGGAGCAGGGUCAGAACUUGGCCCGACAGUGGAGCAAUUGUGCCUUUUUAGAGACUUCAGCUAAAUCAAAGAUCAAUGUUAAUGAGAUUUUCUAUGAUCUGGUGCGACAGAUCAACAGAAAAACACCGAUGGAAAAGAAGACAAAAAAGAAGUCAAGUUGCACACUGCUCUAAAAUGCCCGCCCACAGCAGCUCCCGGCCAGAAACUUGUCAUGAUUAACGGUUUCCCAGUGGAUUGUACCAGCAUUCCAAGUCCUCUCCAGAAUAUUUUGAAAAGGGCUGACGGAUACUUCACCACUCUCAAAAUGGCUGGAGAUGGCCCAUACUCUCAAGAUGCUGCUCUUUGCUUUUUAAUGGCAAAUCCAUCUUUUUUUCAUAUUGUCAGCCUGAUGACAACUGUUUUUCAUCUUUUCUUUUUUUCUCCAAGGUGUCUUUCUGUUGGAAAUGUCAGUGAGAAAGACAAAACCAUGGGUUUAAAUCCAUAUAUGAGAACUAAAAUGUUAUAUUAAUCAUAAUCUUUGGCAUAUUGUGACAGUUCCAUGUGAAAUGUUGGCCUUCUCAUACAUUUCUGCACUAACGGUGUCAACAAAGAUGCGUCAUUGUCCAUAAGUUAGUUGCUCCUACUUACGGGGAUGUGUAUUGAUAACAUCUUUUCUAAGUGACUGUUUUAUAUUCAGAGCUGCAAGCCUUCCAUGUUUCCCAUAAUAUAUUCUUCCAUUUUUGCAUAAUAAAGCUAAGGAAAUUUA